AUGGUGAGGAAGCGCUGUCACCGAGCGGCUCACUGACGUUUAUGGUUUUCGUGUGCGUGGCGGCACCAAUAACUGCGACACUGCUCAUCGUUUCUUCUAUCCGAUUCUGCGCGUAUACUUAUAAAGAAUAGAAACAGACAGAAACCCCAGCGAGGAUGAACGUCAGUGCAGCUCCGUCAAUGCUCACUUGCUUUGGUGUUCUCCACGAGGAGCACCGGGAGGAAGCGGCGUUCGAAGCGGGGCGCCUUACGCAUCUGAUUCCCAUCCUGGAAGAGCUACACAGCUGAGGUGCCGCAGAGACGGCGGAGGGCUAUGCGGCAAUGGACACGGAACCGGCGGCUGCGGAAAGCGGGCAGGCCCGAUUCCGUCCAACGACAGACGAUCCAGUGGCACGGGAAGACAGAGGAUUCGGCCUGGGCCCAGCUGUAAUCAAUGCUGGCGUACUACCGCUCUCACAUCCUCUUUGUACGAGAGCGAAAGCGACGGCGGGUGCUGGCGUGCAGGGAACUGAACGAGCGGGUGCCGCCCGUCACAGACUACUGCCGGUCUACGCCGCUGAAUUGGCGUUUGGCGGGGCACAUGAGUGCAUGGGGGAGUGUGGGGAAAGCCUACUCAGAGAGCGUCCUUGGAGCUGCAGUUAGUGUCCUCACAACCGUGUGGGAAACCUGUCGUGAUCAACAGUUUCACGAGACAUUUCAGCGCUUCGAAAGCGUCCGUGAGUGCUGUGGCGACGGUAGUGGCGUUACCGCCAUGGAGGCAUACACGAGGGGACCCUUUGUUCCUCCACUGAGGGUGCCACCAGGAUACCUGGGCGAGGCACCAAUGAGUGACAGCGUUUCAGACGAUGCAUUGGAGUCCACUGUACCGUGUAUUGAUUCAGCAUAUCACAAGUAG